UGGCUGUACCUAAGCCAAAAGACUCAGGGCUUUAGGUGCAGAAUAAGUGAAAGCAGCUGAGGAUCAGCACAGAGAUCUUCAAACCGGCCCAACCCACAUGCAAAAUGCAAGCUGUUGUUGAAUCAAUAACGAAGCAAUGAGUUUCAGGGCUGUGCCAGAAGAGCAGGGAUGUGUCCUGCCUCUCCCUCCCAGCCUUACCUGCGGAAGAAGGUCUUUCUGCCAUCAGUUACUGACUCUCUCGCUCCGGGAAGGGCUGCUUUCCAGGGUGGUUUGAGCGCCGGUCCUCUAAUCAGCUGGAGAAAAGGACUCACUUACAUAAGCCAAGGGAGAGGAAACGCUCAGUGAUACAGCUUGCAUGAGCAGCUAGGACUGAGUGCUGCUUGAGUCCCAAAGCCCAGCUUCUGCACCUUCUCAGCCUCUCUUUUUAGGCAGAGCUGGCAACUUAUGAGGCUUUCCUCUACUCGCUGAUCUCUCCUUUUCGAGGCAGUCGGUGAAGUCAAGUGGAAGGCAUGACCCUCUCCUCAGAUAAAGAGCUCAACGGGCUAGACAACCCCAGCUUCGUGGGGGAAGAUGGGAGCCACCACUGCUCAUCGCAGGGCUGUGCUGCCCGAAGCCCAGAUGGAGGCAGAGACAAGAGCCACAGCAGCAGCAGCAGCAAACUUGCCUACACUGUCACAGAUGUGCCCCCCUGGUACCUCUGCAUCCUGCUGGGCAUUCAGCAUUUCCUGACAGCCAUGGGAGGUCUGGUAGCCAUCCCGCUGAUCCUCUCCAAAGAGCUUUGCCUCCAGCAUGACCUCCUCACCCAGAGCCACCUGAUCAGCACCAUCUUCUUUGUCUCAGGAAUUUGCACCCUGCUGCAAGUCCUCUUUGGAGUCAGGUUGCCUAUCAUCCAAGGAGGGACUUUUGCCUUCCUGACCCCUACCCUUGCCAUGCUGUCUCUCCCCAAGUGGAAAUGCCCUGCUUGGACACAGAAUGCCUCCCUGGUGAAUGCUUCCUCACCAGAGUUCAUCGAGGUCUGGCAGUCACGGAUGAGAGAGGUACAAGGAGCUAUCAUUGUUGCUUCCUGCUUUCAAAUCUUCGUUGGAUUUUCUGGCCUGAUUGGGUUUCUGAUGAGGUUCAUUGGCCCCCUGACCAUUGCCCCCACCAUCACUUUGGUUGCCCUCCCUCUCUUUGACUCAGCUGGGGAUGAAGCUGGGCAUCACUGGGGCAUCGCUUUCAUGACUAUUUCCUUCAUAGUUCUGUUCUCUCAGUACUUGAAAGAUGUCCCUGUGCUGCUGCCAUCUUACCAGAGAGGCAAGAAGUGUCACUUCUCUGCUGUCUACCUCUUCCAGAUCUUUCCGGUGCUGCUGGGGCUCUCCCUGAGCUGGCUUCUCUGCUACCUGCUGACGGUGACCAACGUCCUCCCUGUGGACCCCACUGCCUAUGGCCACCUGGCCAGGACGGACACCCGUGGGGAUGUUUUGUCCCAGGCUCCCUGGUUUCGGCUGCCAUACCCAGGCCAAUGGGGAGUACCAACCGUCAGCCCAGCUGGGAUCUUUGGCAUCCUAGCUGGGGUGAUUUCCUCCAUGCUGGAGUCCGUGGGAGAUUACUACGCCUGCGCCCGCCUGGCCGGGGCCCCGCCGCCGCCAAAGCACGCUGUCAGCCGCGGCAUCGGCGUGGAAGGCAUCGGCUGCCUCCUCGCCGGGGCCUGGGGCACAGGGAACGGCACCACCUCCUACAGCGAGAACGUGGGGGCCCUGGGCAUCACCAAGGUAGGGAGCCGCAUGGUGAUCGUUGCCGGUGCCUGUGCCAUGCUCCUGAGCGGCAUCUUCGGGAAGGUGGGGGCCAUGCUUGCCAGCAUCCCCAGCCCUGUGAUUGGAGGCAUGUUCCUGGUGAUGUUUGGAGUCAUCACAGCAGUGGGCAUUUCCAAUCUGCAGUACACAGAUAUGAACUCCUCCAGAAACAUCUUCAUCUUUGGCUUUUCUGUGUUUGCUGGCCUCACCAUUCCCAACUGGGCAAGCAAAAACAGUACACUGCUGCAAACAGGAAUCAUCCAGCUGGACCAGGUGAUCCAGGUGCUGCUCACCACUGGCAUGUUUGUGGGUGGACUCCUGGGGUUUUUCCUUGAUAACACAAUUCCAGGGACACAAGAGGAGCGAGGGCUCCUGGCGUGGAAGAGCAGCCACAAGGGAGAGGCAGGCAACUUCCAGCUCCUUUCCAAGGUCUAUGAUCUUCCAUUUGGAAUAGGCACCAAACACUGUGCUGUCUCUUGGUUUCAGUACCUCCCUGCUUGCCCAAAAAGACUACCUGGCAGCAAGGGAACGGAUGAACUGAAGGCUGCUAGAGAAGCCAGCAGUGUUAAAGCAAGCUCAGAAAGAGACUCUGAGCUAGGCGCUGACACGCAGAUCUAAGUGCUUGGCCUGCAGGGGAACUCAUCUCCGAGGGAGAGGACUGAAAAGUGUGUCUGCAGCCCCCAUCACUUGAACAGGAGGUGUCAGCUGUUAGAGGCUGAGCAGAAUGGUAAUGCCUUUCUCUUCCCAGCUCUGCCCCCUGCACCAUUGGUGGACUUGAGGGAGUCAUUUUCCCUCUGCUCCUGCCUGCCUGCUCUACGAAGGACAUAAUUCCUCUUUAGAGAAGACCAAAGCCCAAGAAAUGCCUGGCAGAGAUAUUCAUUUUCCCUCCUUUCACUGAGCCAAGAAGCAGCUAUUUAGCUAAAGCAAAGCUUUUCCUGUCUUGUCCUGCCUGCUCGAGGAGCCACAGGAGAAGGCACACCUGAUGUGAGUCCUGUGCCAUCUCAGGCACUGCUUGGGCUGAAGCUAAUCCCCACCACCCUAAAGAUCUGUCGUGGCAGUGCUCACCUCUCAGCUUGUGGUUUAUACCUCAUCUUAGCCAAGGAGAAGGAGCAGGCACACUUAGGUUCAUCUAAUUCCAGACUCCUACAAUUUAAACUCAGUUAAAUGAAUGCUACUGUGAGAGAGACAUAAAAGUCAUGGAUUUACUUCUGAGCAUGCCUCUCCUAGGGACCUUUCUUAGGCUCUUGACCUAACAGACAACAAUGGCUUCACUGAAAUCAUCCCACCUUGGUUGCUGGAAGCAGUUUCAGGUAAGACAGCUUCCCCAGGGCACCAAACUCCACAAAGAUUGAAG